CAAAGUCGGAGUCUGCCAAUCAGAGAGGACGCUCUGCCGCAUGUCCUUUGACUGACGGGAACUUCAGCCAAUGGCGGUGCGCCUGCGCAGCUGGCAGCGCUCUGAGAGGGCGGGGCUACAGUCCGCUCAGCAGCACAGCGGAAGAAAAUGGCGGCCGUGGCUGCAGAGCCAGGAGCUGCGGCGGUUCUAGUCACACCGACGUCGGCGACAGUCGACGAGGACCCGCCAGAAACGGACCCGGGACUCCCGAGAGCCGCGCAGGAGUGUGACGGGCCGCGGGAGUCCGGUCUCGCCGCACAGUUGGUCGUCACGCAGGUGGAGGAUGGUGGGGACGGGGAGGAGGAGCGCCGCCAUGUCGGGCCGGAGCUUGAGCCCGCGGCGGGAAAAGCUCUCUGUGAAAACGUCGUAACGGAUGAAAAGACCAAAAUCUUCCUAGCGGACCGGAUCAGCGUGGACCGGUUCUCUCCAGGACUCCUGACGGAUUCAGAGGGCGGCGGAAAUGUGUCGGUUCAGGCGGCGUACCGCAGCAUCCUCUCGGAUCCGCAGCCCUCCGCCGUCUUUCUUCACUCCUUCCCGGCUCCGCCGCCCGUUACUGAGGCCGGUCUGUCUCUGGCCGAACCGGCGGUACCGACCACUAAUGUGACGACAGAUCGAGUCGGGACCGCGGGCCCAGACCGGGGAUACACGGUCCUGGAGCACUCUGAGCAGAGGCCCGGGCCCGCGGAGGACGCCAUGUUGGACGUUUCGUUCCCUGUGAAGCUGGACUCCCAUCCCGGGUGCGUUAAAAAUUCUGCGGGGAACGAGGAACCGGCGCACCGCGGCCUCAGGGACGAGUCCCCGCAGAGACGCCUGACUACGGACACCGUGAAGCAGGAGGAGUCCUCGCGACUCGAGCCAGCGCCAGAACCGGGGAUCGCCGGUGCUCCGUCACUCGCUUCCGUUCAGGAUCUGAAUCCCGGGUCCGAGGUCCGGGUCUGCCUGGAUCACAUCAUCGAUGACGCGCUGGUGGUGUCCUUCCGCCUGGGGGAGAAGAUUUUCUCCGGGGUUCUGAUGGACAUUUCCAGAAGGUUUGGACCAUAUGGAAUCCCAAUCUCUGUGUUUCCUCGCCGUGAUGACUGCAGUCGACCUCAGAUGACCCCUCAGGCGCUGCCCAUCACCAUCGACAACCCGUCCACCAAACAAGAAAUGACCCCUCCCUCCUCCCACCCCUGGUCCUCCAAACCGCCGCCAUUGUUCCAGGAGGGGGCGCCGUACCCUCCCCCUCUGUUCAUCAGGGACACGUACAACCAGGCGUUACCUCAACCGCUGCCGCGCAAGAUCAAACGUCCGAGGCGUCGUUAUCGCUGCGAGGAGCCGACCUCCAUCAUGAAUGCCAUCAAGCUCCGCCCCCGUCAAGUGCUUUGUGACAAGUGCAAAGGUGUGGUGGUGUCUGGCGGCCACAGGGAGGCGCGGCGGGGGCCGGUGGAUCUGAGGGGCGAGGAGGCGUCGCGGCGGCGGAAAGCGGCCGAGGCACCACUGUCUGCUGAGGUGAAGAGACUGAGGAGUGACGACAGAGGAGGACGUGGCACCACCGCCACCGACAGACGGGCGCCAUCAGGGAUCUGCAUGUCAUCUUCAUCGUCGUCGUCCUCGCGCCGUGUGCUGAGGGGCGUGGCUUCGUCUUCAUCCUCAUCCAGCCACAUGCGUCUGAAACUGAACGCUAAGAAACCACUCACCAAAGCUUCUGUCGGCGAGCGUUCCAAAGGAACACCGGUUCUCAAGCUGGCGAGGAGCUCGGACCCCCCACUUCGCCGGCCCAAAGACCAGAACCAGACACAGAACCAGGACCGCACCAGGGCGGUUACAAGAGCUGCCGCAUUGCAGAACCACAACCAGAGGGUCCACUUCACCCGCCGCCUACAGCACCUCAGUGGUGCUGCCAGCGGCGCCAGCUCCCACGCGGCGCUGCCGCCCAGAAUGCGCCUCAAACCCCAAAGGUAUCGUACCGAUGACAGCCAGGCCCCGCCCUCCUCUCCCCCGCCCAAACACAGCGCUCGGUUGUCACCUCCCAAAUCUACUCUAAGCCCCGUCUCCACUGUGGAUCUGGUCCUGCCCACUGCUCCGCCCUUAGCCUCCACCUGUGCAGUCAGUGUUGCUGAGGAGACGCUGGAGGGCGGUUCUGCAGUGGAGGAGAGUCCAGAUCAGGGAGAGAGAGGAGCACCCCCCUCCUCCUCCCACUCAGAAUGCAGUUCCACAGAGACGUUUGAAACCCCGCCCUCUAUAGACCCGUCCUCCUUUCCCUCCUCCCACCCCCCUGCUCCCUCCUCCUCCUUGUUAGAACCUCAGUGCCACACCUCCUCCUCGCCACCCCCUCCUCCCCCCAGGUCUGACGGCGAGGAGCCGCAGGUCGGCGUUGAAGAGGACGAGGACGAGGGAGGUGAACGAAAACGGCGCCGUAAGUCUUCCACAUCCUCCUCCUCUUCCACGUCUUCGUCCUCGUCCUCCGUCUUCUCCAAGGCGGUGUCCAAGUGCUCGCUACCCGACGGUCGGACUGUGUGCGUCGGUGACAUUGUCUGGGCAAAGAUCUACGGUUUCCCCUGGUGGCCGGCCCGCGUGCUUGGCAUCACGGUGGCACGGCGCGGCGACACAGGGCUGUCGGUGCGGCAGGAAGCGAGGGUGUCGUGGUUCGGUUCUCCCACUACCUCCUUCCUGCCGCUGGUGCAGCUUUCGCCCUUCCUGGAGACGUUCCAGUCUCGCUUUGACAGGAAGAGGAAGGGACCCUAUCGCCGCGCCAUCGCAGAGGCCGCGAGCGCCGCCAAACAGCUGACGCCUGAAGUGAGAGCCCUGCUCACACAGUUUGAGACGUAGCAUACAAUAAUUAGGCCCCGUCCCCCCGCAGGUGGUGGUGAGGCAGAUGAUGUUUCUGAGAGGAGGCGUGGCUUACCUGUCACUGUUUGGGUGUGGCUUAUCGCUGCCAUCUCCGUCCCGUGUCAGGUGUCGUUAGGGUGAGAGUCCAGGCUUCUGAUUGGUUCAGAACAUGCUCAUUUACAUAAUUAGUAAUCGAGAAAAAUUGUUGUAUCGAUCACAAUCAGGUGACUGAUGGUCGUGAGAAACACUGACAUAAUGAUGUCACUUCCUGUUUCCUGUUGGUUCUGCUGAAAAAAAGUGGAAAAAAAAAAGAUUAUUAUGGUGUUCAAACUGAGGCCCGGGGUCCAGAACACGGUCCAGGUAAUUCCCUCUGAUCAAUACUGUGACAUCCUGUAUCAGACCCAUGUCCCCCAGUCCUGUCUCAGACCCAGGUCUUCAUAGUGCUGUAUCAGACCCGGGUCCCUGAAGUCCUCUAUCAGACCAGGUCCCAUGAUGCAACAAAAAUCCAAACUCUCACACGAUAAUUUUAUCGAAUGUGAAGGGUCAGCUGUUUAUCGUGGUGAAGCACUGCUCCACCACAGAGGGGCGUGUCAUCUCUGUUGAUUUUUGAACUUUUUUUCGCGGUGAUGUGUGUGUGUGUGUGUGUGUGUGUGUGUGUGUUUGUGUGAGAUAAGACGUCGUAAAUGUGGUGUCGCAGUUUUACCGCGGCGGCUCCAGUCAUCACGUUUUCUUGAUUAAAUAUAUUUGUGCUGCUGAGGAUCAGUGUUAGAACAGACAGAGGGUCAUGUGACCGAUGAUGAAGGUGACUCCUCCCCCUUUCUGCUGUGUCGGACUCUUUUACCGUCUGUUUGCAGAUCAGAGAGUCCACGUCUGUACAUGUUUGUUUUUAUUUUCUUCUCAUGUUUUAAAUCUGUUAAUAAACUUUCAAACUUCUCUCUGAUUCGUCGUCGUCAUUUAAACUUCCUCUACUUUCUCUUCUUCUUCUGUGGUGCUUUUGCUGCAGCAGUGAGGGCGGAGCCUUUCUCACCUGCAAACAGAUGUUUGGUAAACGGGUUCAACACCGCAGGCCGUGUUUUUCUGCUCGUGACAUGUUAGUCUUUUAUUUUGAAUCGGGAAGUUCACAGGCGGCUCCUAUUGGCUGAUCCCAGCUGUCAAUCACACCGCGUUCAAUAGAAACCACUGAUUGGGAUGUUAACUCUCGUCCCCUGGUGGACAACUGCUGUUACUGUCCUGCAAAGUCUACCAUCUCCACCUCUCAGUUAAUCACUAGUUAACCACUAGUGUUAACUUAUCUAACGAUAAGCUCAUCAUUAGUUUUAAUUUUAACUAAUCAAGUAAUUAUAACUUACUUUUAAAGUGAAUUAAUUAGUUAAUCAUUAGAUCAUUAGUUAACUAAGUUAAUUAGUUAAUCGUUAUUUGGUUCUUAAACAAAAAGUUAUCCAUACAUGUAACGCUGACUAAUAAGCGUUUAAUGUCAACUAAUUGUCAAGUAAUGAUUCAUUGUUGGUUCAUUAGUUUACAAGUUAUUGGUUAACUUAUUUGGUAAUCUUUAGGUCAUUGGUUAACUUAUUAACCAUUCACUUAAUGUAAGUGAUUAACCAGAUUUUAUUAACUAAUCGUUAGCUUGUAGUUAACCAUUUACUGAGCAAUUAACUAGAAAUUCAAUUUAAACUAAAUAUGAAUCAUUGUCAAGAAGUCGUUCAGUAUUGAUGAAUGAUUAGGUUGUUAGUUAAAGGCUAACUAUUAGUUAACUAGUAAUGUUAAAUUAUGACCUAAUACUUAACUAGUUACUCGUUUUUACUAGACUACUAGUUUUCAGUAGUCAUUAACUAAUCAUAAGUUAAACAAUAACUUGAUGUUAGCUAAUUAUUAGUUAGUAGUUUACAAGUCUUUAACUGGUAAUUAGUUAACCAUUGACUAAUCACAAUAAUUAUCUUGUUAGUUUAUGUGUGUGUGUGUGAUUGUGUGUGUGAGUAGAUGCUGUUGUGAGUCACAUGACAUCAGCCAAAGAGGCGGAGUCUACUUAUGUCUCUUUCAACGUUUGCGUUUUUUUCUGUGCAGGCGCGAUAUUAGAGUUUCCAUGGCAACCGGGUCUGAUGCAGAGAGCAGGUUACCAUGAUGUCAAAAAACUUUAUUGAUUUAUUAUUGAUAUGUCAGGGUGUUGAUUAAUGUGAUCAUGUGAUUGUGAUCCACCUGCUGAUGACAUCAUCACUGUCUCUCU